AUGGUUCAAAAUGAAGCCAGAGCGACAGCAACAGCAACUCCAGCAGUGGCAGUGGAGUUCUUGUCAGAUUUUAGAAACCAGAAGCAGAACUGGCUAGCCUCUCUCUCUCUCGCCAGCGACGGUGGCUCCGACCAACCAGCGACGGCGGCUCCGAUCACACCAGUGGGGAUGGCGGCGGCGACGCACGAAACUCCUCUAGCGGCAGCAACACGGGGCUUGACGACGACAAACCCUAGUAGCAGCGGCGGCAGGAGUGGCUUCGACAGAAAAACUGUGGCGGCUGAGGAUUUUGGGGAAAUUAGGAUUAGAGUGACAUUAUGUGGAUUUAGGGUUUUGUUCCUUUGGAAGGGUCAAGUUGAUGGCAAAGGUCUUUCUCUUAAUAAUUGGAGGACCGUGAUCACUCCAAAGAAAUUUGGUGGUUUGGGUGUUAGAGAUCCUGCGUGUGACAAGUCUUGGGUUGCUCUAUUGAGGGCGAAGUAUCUGAGGAAUGAGGGAGUUUUAGAUGGCCCUGUCCCUUGCAACGCUUCUCAAGUUUGGAAGAGUAUCUCAAAGGCUUUUGGUGCUCUUAAGGAUGCCUUCUCUUGGUGCGUUGGGUCACUUUAUCAAUCUUUUUGGUUUGACAAUUGGAUUAUUGAGGGCACAAUUGCUCAAGAUGUCCCUUUUGUACAUAUAUCUGACUCUGAUUUAACUAUUAGAGACGUUUGGAAAGAUGAUUUGAAUGCUGGAGAGACUUUGGGUUGGUCAUGGGGUGUGGCAUCUUCUAGACUCUACUCAGCUAGGAGUGGGUACAGUUGGCUAGCCAAAAGAAAGUUUAACUGGAAUGAGCAUGAUAAUUGGUUGUGGGUAUGGCGACUGCAUAUUCCUGAGAAGUACAAGUUCUUGAUUUGGCUCAGUCUUCAUAAUGCUAUUCCUACGGCAGAGUUUCGUUUGGGUCGUGGCUUAGCUUUAUCUAGGACCUGUCAUCGAUGUCAGAAUGAUUUUGAAUCUAUUCUUCAUUGUCUUCGGGAGUGCCCUAGUGCCAAGGAGAUCUGGAACCUUUUAGGCCUGUAUUCAGAUAACUCGGAUUUAUGUGAUUGGCUUUACAGAGGUGCAAGGAGUGAAGAUGUUUUUCUUUUCUUUUUGACCAUCUGGUGGAUUUGGAGAAGCCGGAAUCAUGACUUAUUUAAUAUAGAUGACUCUUGGAGUGCUAGUAAAGUGGUGAGUUUGAUUCGUAGUUCAGUAAGGGAGUUUCACACUAUUUUUUCUAUGCAUCAAUCUUUGUCUCCUCCUUCACUUUGUUUGUAUUGGGUUCUACCUCCAAUUCAUUCUGUUAAAUUGAAUUGUGAUGUUAGUUGUUUUUCUCCUUUUGGCUAUGCUGGUUUUGGUUGUAUCAUUCGCAAUUCUGAUGGAUGUUGGUUGAAAGGUUGCACUAGAAAAAUUGAAGUGUGCAGUGUUCUUUUUGCUGAAUUAUAUGCAAUAUGGAGAGGUUUAUUUCUUACUUGGGAUAGUGGAUUUCGUGAGGUUAUUUGUGAAACAGACUGUUUAGAAGCUCUUUUCUUGGUAAACCAAAGAAUGCUUGGUAAGGAUAUUCCAUAA